GAUCGACGCCGGAGCACGCCGCGCCGCCGCCCCCAACCCCACCCACUGGCGCCCACGUCCUCCCCGCGCCGCCUCCCUGUAUGGCACAAACUUUCCUCCCGGGACGGAACGCGCUGUCUCAGGGAGCCCGCGCCCGCGCCUUCUCCUCUGCCGGUCCCGAACGCUGCUGAGAUGGGUUGCGGAUUGAACAAAUUAGAGAAACGCGAUGAGAAACGGCCUGGAAAUAUUUAUUCAACUUUGAAGAGGCCUCAGGUGGAAACCAAGAUAGAUGCGUCUUAUGAAUAUCGCUUCCUGGAGUUCACGACUCUGAGUGCUGCGGAGCUCCCACGGUCCUCGGCAGUGAGGCUGGCCUCCCUGCGAGACUUGCCCACCCAGCUCCAGGAGCUGUACCAGCAGGGCUUCUCGCUGGUGACCCUGCACCCCUUCGUGCAGCCCACUCAGGAGCGGGAGAAGACGCCCCUCGAGCACAUCUUUAGGGCCAUCCUGAUCAAGAAAACCGACAGAUCUCAGAAGACUGAUCUUCACAAUGAAGGCUACAUCUUGGAAUUAGAUUGCUGUUCCUCCUUAGACCACCUGACAGACCAAAAAAUCAUCCCAGAGUUCAUUAAGAAGAUCCAGGAGGCCGCAAGUCGGGGCCUGAAAUUCGUCGGUGUUAUCCCUCAGUACUGUCCCCCUGUGAAUUCGGCAGGUGGCAGCCCUCCGGCGCCUGCUGCCAACAGCGCCAGCGUUGCACGGGGGGAUCACGUGUCGUUGGAGAGCGAGACCCCGGGGACUGUGGACGUGUGUGAAGCUCCUGCAGGCCCGGGAGGGGACGUGCCCAUCGCUGAGCAGCCCAGCUUUCCCUUGGGAGAGAGAGAUGCUGGAGACUUUUCAUCACGGAGGGUGAGCAAGGCACUGGAUGGACCAGAUGGUGGCCUGUUGGACGUGCAUGAGGAGCCACUCUCGGGGAAAAUGGAGAUCUUCACCCUUUUCAACAAACCGAAGAGCCAUCAGAAGUGCCGGCAGUACUAUCCAGUCACCAUUCCUCUCCGGGUUUCCAGGAAUGGCCAGACGGUGAGCGGUUUGGAUGCCAACUGGUUGGAGCACAUGAGCGACCACUUCCGGAAAGGAGGCAUGCUGGUGAACGCAGUCUUCUACCUCGGAAUGGUGAAUGAUUCCUUACAUGGCUUGACAGAUGGAGUAUUCAUCUUUGAAGCUGUUUCCACAGAAGAUAGCAAAACCAUACAGGGCUAUGAUGCUAUUGUUGUCGAACAAUGGACGGUCCUGGAAGGUGUCGAGGUGCAGACAGACUACGUGCCCCUGCUGAACUCGCUGGCAACCUAUGGCUGGCAACUCACCUGUGUGCUGCCAACUCCUGUCGUCAAGACUACCAGGGAAGGGAGUGUAUCCACCAAGCAGAUUGUCUUUCUUCAGAGACCGUGUCUACCUCAGAAAAUCAAGAAGAAGGAAUCAAAGUUCCAGUGGCGAUUCUCCCGAGAAGAAAUGCACAACAGACAGAUGAGAAAGUCCAGAGGUAAAAGUGCCAGAGACAAAGAACAAGCAGAAGAAAAUGAGAAGAAUCUAGAAGACCAGUUUUCCAAAGCUGGAGAUGUGGGAAACUGCUGUGCAACGAGUCAGCAGCAGGAGGGCGGAACCUCCGAGGAGAUGAGGGUCCCUGACCUAGAGGUCAAGGGAGAAAAGCUGUCCCCUGCCAGCCGGCUGUGUGUGGGGGAUGUGGAGGGUGGGUUUGUGCAGAAUGGCCCUGCUGCCCACAGCAGGGCCCCAGCAGGGAGCUGCCCUGGGCACUCGGAUCCUGGAGAGGAUGUCAGCGAAGGGGGGGCUGAAGAAGACACUGGAGAGCACGCGACAGCAGCAGAAAACUGAGUUUGCGCUGAAGCUGGAUGAGUUGGCAAACCCAAGGCAUCUUGCCAGCAGCAGGUUUAGAGGCUGGUUUGCCCUGGUGUUGUGUGUUACCCUUUGGCUUGGCUUGACCUCUCCUUGUGAGCUCACCCAGGCCCUCUGCAGUCCAUGUCCCUACAGUGUUGGUUUCUGCACAUCCAUUCGAGAGGUGUCGUAACGACCCCAUGUUAAAAUGCAAGAGGUCAGGUUAUUUCAUCUAGAUCUCAGGGCUAGAGGCCCAGCCCUGGCUCUGUCACUCCUUGCACAGGAGGGCCUGGACCAUCCAGUGCCUGUGUCCACACCACGAGUCCUCUAGGGAGCAUUUGGGUCAAAUCCACAGACACCCUGGCCCAAAACCAAGGCUGUUGUGCACUCCCUCACCCAGCCGGGGCAGUAUCCAUCCCCUGCUGCUUUCUGCAGCUACUUGUUGACUUUUAAUAACCUCUAGAGCCCUGUCAGCUACCCUUCUCCAUCUAAACCCCUCAGACCCUGCUGCUUUGGCAAAGGGAAUAACAUUGGGGAGGGGAGGUGCUCCGCCUCCUGGCUUUUCUCAAAGUAGUACUAUAGAUACUGGUAAUCCAGAAAUGAAGAGGUAAUUCUGUGUGCACUGCUCUUGCAGAAUGUUCAAGAAAGUAUUCUGUGUUAGUAUUAAUGCCAAAAAAAAAAUUUUUUUUUAAGGUUUUGUAUUCAGUACAUCAUAUGACACACAUUACUUCUGCCAUUUCAGGGCAUCCAGACUUGGUUGGGUGCCCUUGUUAUGAGAUAUUUUAAUCAGUGUAUCAUUGGCCAAGUUGUUAUCCACGUAUGCUGUGUCUAUCAUGUGUUUAUAUUGUCCAGAAAGUAUUGUUAAAGCUUUAAGUAGAUGCAACUGGUAAACCUUGGAG